AUGUCGAAUUUCUAUGAAAUCGCCGCUCUUACCGUCCAAGCUCGGAAUCGCAUCCGCCAUCAUAUCUACGAAACGCCUCUCAUUCCAGCGCGGAAGACGGGGCAAGAUCAUGGCGCAAAAGUUCUCUUCAAGGCGGAGAACUUUCAGCUCACAGGAUCAUUCAAGCUCCGAGGCGCUAUGUCCAAGAUGUCAGCCCAUACCGAACAAGGGCCUCUCAUCACGGCAUCGUCCGGCAACCAUGGAAUCGGUGCCGCCUUAGCAUCGCAGGCCCUUUCAAAGAAGCUCACUGUUGUGCUACCAGAGACGGUGGUUCCUGCAAAGCUUGAAAAGAUUAAAUCGUACGGCGUCGAUGUGAUCUUGCACGGCGCUGAGACAGGUCUGGCUGAGCAGCACGCGCAGCAGCUGGCUGCUUCUGGAACAUACACAUACAUCUCGCCCUACAACGAUAGCGACAUUGUUUCUGGCCAGGGCACCAUUGGACUAGAGAUCCUUGAGCAGUGCGAAAAGGUAGACUGCGUCUUCAUCUCGAUGGGUGGCGGUGGAUUGAUCAGUGGCAUUGGCUCGGUCAUUAAGGCCUUCAGCCCCCAGACCGAAGUAUACGGCAUUGCUGCCAUCAACUCGAAGGCAUUGGCUGCUUCCAUGAGCGCUGGUCGAGUAGUUGAGACGGAACACCUGCCCACCCUCGCUGAAGCGGUAGCUGGGGGUAUCGACGAAGACACCAUCACUCUGCCGCUAGCCAGGUCGGUGGUCGAUCACGUUAUCGAGUGCGACGAAGAAGAUAUUAUUGCGGGCCUAAAGACUCUUGCUUUUGACGAGAACAUGAUCGUUGAAGGUUCUGCUGCUCUGGCUCUUGCGGGCUUCAAUAAGGUUGCCAAGGACAUGGCGGGGAAGACCAGUGUUGUUCUUCUGUGCGGCGGCAACUUUGAUCACGGUGUUGUAUCAAAGGUCAUCUAUGGCUCUUAA